GAGACAAAGCUUCCGGCUGUCGGAGGCGCGGCUGGGAGCAGUCAGUCAAGGGAAGCUGGGCUGGAAAGCUGCAGCUGCUGCGGCGCGGGGACCAAGGGGCGUGCCAUGGCGGCGAACCUGAGCCGGAACGGGCCGGCGCUGCAGGAGGCCUACGUGCGGGUGGUCAACGAGAAGUCCCCGACCGACUGGGCUCUCUUUACCUAUGAAGGCAACAGCAAUGACAUCCGUGUGGCUGGCACAGGGGAGGGUGGCCUGGAGGAACUGGUGGAGGAGCUCAACAGCGGGAAGGUGAUGUAUGCCUUCUGCAGGGUGAAGGACCCCAACUCUGGCCUGCCCAAGUUUGUCCUCAUCAACUGGACAGGCGAGGGUGUGAAUGAUGUCCGGAAGGGAGCAUGCGCCAACCAUGUCAGCACCAUGGCGAACUUCCUGAAGGGGGCCCACGUGACCAUCAAUGCACGAGCUGAGGAGGAUGUGGAGCCAGAAUGCAUCAUGCAGAAAGUUGCCAAGGCCUCUGGGGCCAACUACAGCUUCCACAAAGAGAGCAGCAGCUUCCAGGAUACAGGGCCCCAGGCCCCAGUAGGCUCUGUGUACCAGAAGACCAAUGCUGUGUCUGAGAUCAAGAGGGUUGGCAAAGAUAGCUUCUGGGCCAAAGCUGAGAAAGAGGAGGAGAACCGCAGGCUGGAGGAGAAGCGACGAGCUGAGGAGCAGCAGCAGCGGCUGGAACAGGAGCGCCGGGAGCGGGAGCUGCAGGAGGCUGCCCGCCGGGAGCAGCGCUACCAGGAGCAGCACAGCAAGGCUGGCCUGCCGAGCAGCUUGUAUGAGCAGCAGCAUGAAGCAGUUUCAAGGAACAGAGAGGAGUGGGAGUCCACUGCUCAGUCAGCCCCACACCCGCGGGAGAUUUUCAAGCAGAAGGAGAGGGCCAUGUCCACCACCUCCACCAGCCCUCAGCCAGGCAAGCUGAGGAGCCCCUUCCUGCAGAAACAGCUCACUCAACCAGAGACCUCCUUUAGCAGAGAGCCAACUCCCGCCGUGUCCAGGCCCACAGCAGAUGUCUGUGAGGAGCCAGUGCCCAGCACUCCAUGUCUGAUACAGGCAGAAGAGGAAGAAGCCACAUAUGAGGAGCCCCCAGAGCAGGAGCCCCUGUAUGAGGAUCCCCCACAGGUGCAGCAGCAAGGUGCUGGCUCUGAGCACGUUGACCACUACACACAGGGCCAGGGGCUCAGUGGACAAGGGCUAUGCGCCCGGGCCUUAUACGACUAUCAGGCAGCUGAUGAUACUGAGAUCUCCUUUGACCCUGAGAACCUCAUUACGGGCAUUGAGGUGAUCGACGAAGGCUGGUGGCGUGGCUACGGGCCUGAUGGCCACUUUGGCAUGUUCCCUGCUAACUACGUGGAGCUCAUUGAGUGAGGAUGAGGCCUGUCUUUACCUUCCCCACGCAGUUGUGGCUUCCUUAUUGCUGGAAGAGGAGGCCCAAAAGCUAAUGUUGGGCACUCUUCCAGGAAUGAAACUCAGAUGAGGAUGAGGCCUCAGGGCUCCUUCUGGCUUGGGUGGCUCAGCCUUUGUCACUCCAGAUGCAGCAAUAACCCAGUGAUUCCCAAAUACGCUUCCUGUAGCCUCCCAGGCUCUCCCACCAGCCCAGCCCUUACCCCAGUGGGAUAUUGAGCCAGGCUCCCUGUGGCCAGCCCCUGGGGUAACCUGUCCAAAGAGAGCAGCCAGUGCUAAGCUGGGGAGCUCUGAAUAGGGGCAUCUGGAGGCCGCCUUCUUUCUGCAUUUGCCUUUUUUACUCUUUGUGUCUUCUAAGGGGUGGUGGCUACAGCUGUUUAGAAUGGCCUCUGGGAACCAUGAACUUAAGAGAAUUGCUUUUAAGAGAGUCUGUGACCAGUAUCACAAUGGACCUUGACAGUUUUGGCAGCAGGGAGGUUGACUCACUGGAGCCUGCCUGCCCUGCUCCACUCCAUUUCUCUGUCCCUGUGACUGGGCUAUGGGAAGUAGGGAUAGAAUAACCAAGCUCCCAUCUCUGGGUAUGUGAAAAAUCAAAAGACAUGUCCUUUGUGUGGCUCACUCGACAUCUGCUGGCUCCAGUGUAUGCCUCUCAACUUAUUUUGGCUUCUGGAAAAGGAACACAGUAGCCCGUACUUGCUGCUCCCCACUUUCUGUCCCAGGCCAUCUGUGUCUCUGAAGAACAAAUCUAAAAACUGGAAUUGGGUCCCUGGGCUUUCAGCUCCGGUCUUCCCUGCAGUAGCCUGAAUGUUCCCAUGUGAAACCCUCCACCUGGGAUCAGCAUCUUUUGUGUCUGGGGUGUGUACAAGUUUGUGCAUGUGCAUCAAGCCUCUGGCCCAUCAGCCACCUACAGAAGGUAGAAACCUUAGGGUGUGGCUCAAGUUGGAGGCUUCCUGCAUUUCUGUUCUGGGGCAGGCCAAGUCUGCAAAACUCCCUUUCUUGAGGAGUGUGUGUCAUGCAGUCUAGCUCAUAUGCAGACUGAGGUGCUGGCACGCACUGGGUGUUUAGGGAAUUAGGUCUUCUGCCUGGGAGGUGCCAGGUGGACAUGUUUCACUUAGGUGGAAAACUAUGUGAGGAAGCAGCUGGCCCCAGACAGUGGUAAAUCCAGCCCCUACCAUGUCCUUCCUUUCUCCUGCGAAGACAGUAGGUCUUCACAGGAAUUGGGUGUCGCAGGCCUUGAGGCCCCAUGGGCUUGUGCCCACCAGAAGUUGGAGUUCAGACAGUACCUCAGGGGCCACCCUUUCUCUGAAGGAAGCUGAUUCGGUGGCAUUGUCCUGGUUGUGGGACAUCCCAUGAGGAGGGUUGGGUCUCCAGGGCUCUUUUCCCUAAUGUACCUGGUUUGAGAACAUGGUCACCACAGUACAGUGUAGACACAGCUCCACCUCUGCCUCUGACAACCAGGGCUGGGCAC